GUUCCACUUUUGUAGUGACAAACGAAACGCUUGGUAUUCGUAUCUUUCCUGUUUAUCAACAUAGUUUGUGGAUGGCCAUCAGCAGUAACCUGUUAUAACUACCACUAUAUACACAGGAAUGACUUGGAGAAUUGGCCUAUUCAGUGUAGGUCCCGAUACGAAACAGCUGCGUGGUUGGCUGAGCUAUGCCUUUGCCAGUGAAGUAUUCGUAGUCGUCUCGCUGACACUCUUCCUUCCAAUAUGUCUCGAGCAAUUCGCACGGGACAAUGGUUACUUACUCCUUGACCGAACGAAGCGAUGUGCACAAGCCUCAGCCAGUUAUGAUGGAUCUCAUUCAGUUCAGGAGCCAGAGGGGAGAUGUGUAGUCAAAAUUGGGUGGGCCUGGAUUGAUACUGCGAGUUUCAGUCUCUACGUCUACUCAAUAUCGGUUGCACUACAAGCUCUCACUGUUAUAUCAAUGGGCAGUAUAGCCGAUCGUCCUUCACAGCGCAAACGCUUGCUACUUGUCUUUGCAUGGCUUGGCGCCCUUUCAGCUACCACAUUCCUUAUUCUGAGUUCUUCAUCGCCUAUAUGGGCGCUCUCAGCGCUCCUUACGAUCAUCUCUAACGUAGGAUUCGGAGCUUCUGUAGUCGCGAUGAACGCAUACCUGCCUUCACUCGCCAGGAAUUCUCCAGAAGUAGUCAAAAUCUUCGCCGAACUACGUACCAUUCCCGAACCUCUACAAGAUUCUGCUCUCACUUCGAUCCCAUCGGAACCAGCCGAAGACUCUACAUCGCCUCUACUGGAGCAGAAUGAAUCAGGUUUCUCUGAGUCUACUACCAUUCGCAAGAAGUACGAUACCGCUCUCUCUGCUGCCACGUCCCGUAUAUCCUCACUUGGAAUUGCACUCGGUUAUGGUGCUGGUAUCACGCUCCUCCUCGUCGCCCUAAUACCGGUCACGCGCCUACAUGGCUCUACUUUCUCUCUUCGCCUUGCGAUAGGCCUAAGCGGUGUGUGGUGGGCUCUGUUCUCCAUCCCAGCGGCGAUGUGGCUUCCUGGAGUGACAAGGCCGACUCCUGGUGAAGGUGGUGAGGAUAGUGAUGCAUGGGGAGAUAUCACAGACGGACAUGGCAGCAGAGAUGAGGGCGGUAAUUGGUCGCUCAGAUCGGAAAUUGCAGCUGCGUGGAGGAGACUUGGUGUCAUGCUUCGAUGGAGCGAGAUCAAAAGACUUCGCAAUACUUUCAAAUAUCUAGCAGCGUGGUUCCUGCUCUCAGAUGGCUUCACAACAAUCACUUCCACCGCGAUCCUCUUCGGCAAGACAUCACUCAACAUGCAGCCCUCGGCAUUGAUUCUAAUCGGAGUUCUCACGCCCACAUCUGGAAUCCUUGGCUCUCUGGCUUGGCCCGCUCUGCAACGUAGGUUUGGGUGGACGAAUCUAAGGGUGCUCGUACUACUCGUGGUUUUUGCAUCACUGAUUCCUGCAUAUGGAUGUCUGGGAUUCUUGCCUGUGUUCAGAGGAGAAGGAGGAGCGAGGUUUGGAGGGUUAACGACGCAAGGGGAAAUGUUUGGAUUGGCGGUUUAUUUUGGGUCUGUUUACGGUGCGUUCCAAAGCUACGCCAGGGCAUUCUAUGCGGAGCUGUUACCUCCUGGAGAAGAAGCGCGGUGGUAUGGCCUGUUCUCCAUAACAGACAAAUCAAGCUCGUUCGUUGGCCCACUCAUUGUAGGUCUGAUUGCAGACGCCACGGGCAACAUCCGCUAUGCGUUCUUCUUCCUCGUAUUCAUGAUCUGGCUCGCGGUGCCUAUUCUCCUAAGCGUCGACGUAGAUCGAGGAAGACGUGAUGCGCGGAACUAUCGGUAUCGCUAUGGACAGGCUGGAGAGCGUUGAUGCUGGUACCAUCAUCAACACGGUUUCUUGCACAUUUCCGUGGUCAAAGCCGUCUCCAAGCCGUCUCCUAUUUUCACACUCCUUAUGGCUUUGGUUUCCAGGUCCCCAAGGGCGCUAAGUAGAAUGAAACAUAUCUCGGUUGUAUAUCAUUGAUGUCAUGCUAAUUCCAACUAUCUUCGAAUG